GUGAAAUUAUAGUUGUUAAGGUGCGAUUUUAUGUGCUUUAUCAAAAAUUAUGAGAUAACAGUAUAUUCAUAUUUUAAGAAAUUUGAUAUAUCGAAAAUGACCUCAAAAAGAAUUUCUCCGGUAGCCUUCAAAAUAUAUUUUUUGAUUUCUAUAUCUACAAUAAUAUUGGGCUCAGUUGUCACAAGUAAUGAAAUUGAUUUAAAUCGAAGACUUAACCGGGAUAUGUAUCCACAACUAUGGGAUCAAAAUAAUAAUUUUGUGUCUCCAUUUGCAUCUCUUCAACCAAAAUAUAUCCCAGACGGUGUUCAACCAGAGUUUCGGAAUCAUCUACCAGUUACAGAACCAAAUUAUAUCCCUGAAGUUACCCGACCACCGUUUAUUCCGAAUUUUAAUCAAUUAACUUAUAUUCCUGAUUUUUCUUCACCGAACAAUAAAAAAAUAUCGGAAUACUUAAAAAAACUUCCGAAGACUGGUUAUAUUAGACCAUGGUUUACUCCGGAAGUUGCAAAGCCAAAAACUUAUAAUGAGGUUAUGCAACGAAAAAUUUUGGGUCUAAUGAUGGGUACAGCUUCUGAAAAAGCAUUACAUCAAAUGCAUUUACACAAUCCAGGAAUAUUAAAUACUCUUGCAGGAAAAAUUAUUCCAUUAAAUGAAAAUUCACUGAAUAAAACCGAUACUGGUAGAAGGACAAUGUAUGCGCCAAUUAUUCAUAAUACAAUCGUUAAUGAAAAUAAAAACGAAAAUCUAAAUGAAAACAUCCACGACAGUCCACAUAUGACACCAUAUUUACUGCCAGCUGAUCCAAAUUUUCCAUUGUUGACUCAUUUAUUAGAAAGUGUUAUUAAAAAUAGUAAAAACCCUGAACUUGCUGAGCACUCUGGACAUAAACCUAUAAGAAUAUGUUUUGAAUUAUAA